AUGACCAAGUACAACCUAUCGCUCGACAAUCCAUCCCCGUUGCUUUCAUACUCUCCCCAGACUCAGUGGAUUUCCAUUGCGAGCAAGAAUGACUCAAGCCUGUAUGAAAACACAGCUUCGGCGACGUCUCAGGUAGGAGCAGAGGUCUCGUUCACUUUCCGUGGUACUGGAGUGUGGAUAUACGGUACUAAGGGCGAGGCGCAUGGCUAUUACAACGUAACAUUGGAUAACACAACUCAGUCCUUCGAUGGGUAUUCUGACACAGAGGAAUACCAACAAGUCUUAUUUGGAGCUAAUAACUUGGGUCUUGCCAGCCACACCGUCCGGAUUGUCAAUGCGGGUCCUCUAAGAGGUGGCGAUUCAAAUAGGGUAUGGCUGAACAUUGAUUGGCUCACCUGGGAGACUGUCUUCGUGGGCCCUGGUGGUCCUUAUGGUGCAGAGGUAUUCAAUGCCACCUUCAACGAGACUCAUCGGCGGUUCUUCUACAUCCCCCCAGAUGCUUGGAGUCAAAGAGCAUACAUAGACAACGUCUCCAUCAAUGGUACAGCGUCAUAUACCACUAGUAGCGAUGCCUCGAUGCAAUUCGUGUUUGAUGGGGAUGCUGUUGGAUUGUAUGGUUCCCUCGAUGGUUCCUUCUCGGCCAAUGUUGAUAAGGGGGAUUUCAAGUCGCUCACUUCCACUUAUAAUGGUUCUGCAUAUCAGCAGCUCUUGUUCUAUGCGGAGAAUCUCGGCGGCGGGACACACACAUUAUCAAUCGAAAAUUCCCCGCAGUCCACUUCCACUGCCAAGAGUACUUUGGCUGUAGAUUUUGCCCGAACCUGGACAGCUCGUGGAGGUAGCAGUUCAAAUGAGCCAGCCAAGUAA